CAAUAAGAGAAUGGAAUGGGGAGGAACCCACGUUCUUAUCCAUGUUUCGUGUACGGAAUCAUCCGUUCUUUCCACCGCGCUUGGAACCGCUUCAUGCGCGGGCACGCGGUUGUAAAUCAAACGGCUCGCACCGGAUUGGUUUCGAAUCCCGUUCGCCCCGCCCCCUCUUGGUGGGCGGCGCCCGGGUGUCGGUGAAAAGUGCGCGGUCGGAGAGAACGCACUCAGAACCACACUCGGCGCGGCUCGCUCAACCAGGGCGCAGUACGGAGGCGCGGCACGGACGCUCCAACACCGCGUCUGCCUUCGAAUAGAAAACACACACACACACACACACACACACACACACACACUCUUUAUCGCGCGCGCGCAUACAGACGCACGCUCAACGGCAGCAGAGUUCGCUAUAAAGAGCAGAAGAUGCCAGCUGUGAUAAAAAACUCCGACCUGGAGUUCGACUCGUUCCUGCCGUGUUUCUAUCCGGACGAGGAUGAUUUUUACUUGUGCGGCCCCGGUGAGGACAUAUGGAAAAAGUUCGAGCUGCUGCCCACCCCGCCGCUGUCGCCGAGCCGCGCGGCUCUGGCGAGCGCCGAUGACGGGGUCGAGCGCGCGUUGCCGGGCGGCGUCCUCGGGCUCGGCGACCCGCUGGACUGGGCCUCUGAGCUGCUCCUCCUGCCGCCACACGACGCCGACGACGAAGCGUGGCGCGCCCCGGAGAGUGACCUGUUCGGCGCGUGCGCGCUCGACGACCCGGUCAUCCUGCAGGACUGCAUGUGGAGCGGCUUCUCGGCGCGCGAGAAGCUCGAGCGCGCCGUCAGCGAGAAGCUCGGACGGACCGCAUCAUCCGCGUCCACCACCACCUCCACCAACAACACAAUCUCCACUACCACCGGCGCAUCCACCGCCACUUCGAACGCUUCUGGAGCUUCCGGACUUAAAAGCAGCGCGUUAAAGGCGCCCGAGACGAACCGGGCUGCGACCGAGUGCGUGGACCCUGCUGUGGUUUUCCCUUUCCCGAUGCACAAAAGGAACGGGGGGCAGAGCGCAAACCAGGCGAGGAGCGCAUCCUUGGCUCACGUGGACAGACACGCAGACGACACCCCGAGCGACUCCGACGAUGACGUAGACGACGAUGACGAGGAAGAGGAUGAAGAAGACGAAGAAGAAGAAGAAGAAGAGGAGGACGAGGAUGAGGAAGAGAUCGAUGUAGUCACGGUCGAGAAGCGACGAUCCACUUCUAGUAAAAACUCCCAGUCCUCGUCGCCAGCGAGCAGGCUGACUGCGGGGGCGCCCCGGGGGCCCCAGGAGCUUAUCUUAAAAAGGACAGCGGCGGCUUCCAUCCAUCAGCAGCAGCACAACUAUGCUGCACCUUCGCCGUACUCUGACGACUCGGACCUUCUCUCGGCUCCCCCGAGCAAAAAACACCGAUCUGAGAGCAGCGCGACAAACUCGGCCCGGAAACCAGGUCUGUGCUUGUCGAUUGCGGCUCAGCGGCUCAGGAAAAGCGGCUCGGGGUCCGACUCGGAGGAUAACGAGCGCCGCCGCAACCACAACAUCCUGGAGAGGCAACGGCGCAACGACCUGCGCUCCAGCUUCCUGACGCUGCGCGACCAACUGCCCGAGCUAGCGAAAAAUGACAAGGCGGCCAAAGUGCUGAUUCUGAAGAAGGCCGCGGAGUACGUGAGCUCCCUCGAGGCUCAGCAGCUUCGGCUUCGGCAGGAAAAGGACAAACUCCAGGCAAAACGGCAGCACCUCCUCCGCCGCCUCGAGCAAGCAAGGACUCGCUAGCCUGCUCCACGCUAACCUUGAGCACUCACGGCUGUCAGCUGAUUAGCCAGACGGUCUCCUUCUCCUCCUCCUCCCCUUCCCUCUUUCCCCCAACCCCCAAAAACUUACGGACCCUCACUGCCGCCACUUUCUUUGCACAUUUUUUGGACGUCUAGAAUGUUUCGGGUUUACUUUUGUCAUUCCAGUCACAUCACGGAAAAGAGAAAGUCCACGGAUGGACCUCCAUUCUGAUUUCUUCUUCUUUUUUUUUUUUUAGAAGGGGGGGUUUUCUGCGUCAGAAGCCCCCUUCCUCCCUCAGACUUUCGUAAGACUGCGAUUCAGGAAUGUGGAAGUUUCGACGAGGAGAACGCAAUACAACACACACACACACUUUGCCUUCACUUCACUGCAGAGACGACACGAAAAAUAGCAAUUAUACAAAACAGGAAAUUGUUCAGGAGUCCACACACACACACACACACACACACACACACACACACACACACCUCUCAUUCUGGUGCUUAAUACUCCAGAUAUACCUCCGAGCACCUUGAUGUCUUGUUAAGCAAAAACACUAUCUAUCAGUCUGCCUUGAUUUUUUUUCUAUCAUUUUGUACACAGAACUGUUUUUUUUUUUGGGUUUUUCUACGAAAAAGAACUCGACUGGAAGUUUAUAUAGCGUUAUUGAGUACUGUAUGAUCCUCGAUUUACGAGGUACUUUUGUAAUAUAAUAUGUACUUCGUAUUUUUUCCCCUUUUUUUCUACUACCGUUCCUCUUUUCGUUCGUCGCGACGACACGUUACUAAUUUGUACCCUUUACGCUUUAGUGUGCUUCUGAUACAUACUAAAAAUCGAUACUUAUAUUUUCGUAUGAAAAUGAGUUGAGUAGAUAUCACUAUCUUGUUUUAUCUCUUCGCUCUUUACGUUGAUUCUUCUUCUUCUUUUUGUACAGAAAUCUCUCUAUCUGCAUUUACUUUGAUCAUUUGUUUGUUUUUCAUCCCUUUGUUAUUUUUUUUAUAUAUAUAUUUGUACCUAUCGGGUUCGUAGAACUGGGUCAAUGGGAAUGUGUUUUUAUUUUUUCUUUUCUUUUCUAAGUUCUCCUUUCUCUCUUUUUCUAAGCGUACAUUUUAGUGCUGCAACUCAUAGCACUUUGAAAUACCUCAUUUUGGAAAAAUAAAUAGGCUUUUGAAAGAAAAGAA